UCAUUUGUCGCCUGUCGGUGACACAAAAUUAUUGUAUUGAACUGUGCGAAAGUGGGCGGUAUUAUUUAAUUUUCUCUAUAUAUAAACACAAACAAACCUCUCGGAUGCUAUAAAUAUCGUGUCGAUUCAUUCUUACCUUUUGUAUUCCAGUUUUAAAAUCAUUUAAGUACGUUAUAUUAGUAAAAUGCGCUACAUUUUCUUGACUACAAUUUUUAGUGUCGUGUUCGCAUACGAAAAAGAUAUGACUUUUACAGUUCAAGCAGGGAAAACAGACUGUUUUUAUCAUAAGGUUCUUACAAAUGAAAUAAUAGAUUUAGAAUAUCAGGUUAUAGAUGCGUCCCAAGGAGAAUUAGACAUAUCUUUCCAAUUGGCAGAUCCCGUGGGACGGAUAAUUGUAGCGGACUAUAAGAAGUCGGAGAACGCGCACCGACACACGUCGGUGCUGGAGGGCGACUACAGAUUCUGUUUCGAUAAUACGUUCAGUACUUUUAGUCAGAAAACUGUAUUUUUUGAUCUGAUGAUAGAUACUGAAGAUUCCCAAAGUAAAGAUUACGACGAUGAGAAAGAAAUGGAAUUAGGUAACGCCGCGGAGACGUACGUGAUGCGCGUGCGCGACAUAUCCGAAUCCGUCAGUAAGGUUAGGGACAACGUGGCGGCGGCUCGGCGCUUGCAGGAGCUGCUGUCCGCGCACGAGGCGCGGGAUCGCAACAUGGCCGAGGAGAUGUGCGACAGGGUGUUGAUAUGGUCGGCGGUACAAAUAUUGUUAAUGGCCGUCGUUGGAAUGGUACAGGUAGUCUUCGUGAAGAGUCUCUUCGAAGACCCGAGCAAUCUGAGUUUAAAGAAAUUAGUACCUAAUCUAAUGUCUCAGUGAUAUUACGCCAAAGAUUAAUUUAGUUCACAAAUAAUAACACUAGUCCAGAGGGCGCUGUAUAUAUUUUGAUUAGUGUCUUGUGUUUUUUUUUUUUUGUAAUAAUACUAUAGAAUACGUUAUGUAGUUUUUUGUACUAGCCGAAAAAUUCGGGAUGAUGGAAGAUAGAAAAUCUCAUAAAAGUCAAUUAAGUAAUAAAUAAAUCUAUUAUUCAUUAUUUUUUAAAUGGCAACAUAUUUUAAAGUAUGCCAACACAUUAAUAAGUAAUAUAUAUAUAUACAUAUAUAAAUUAAGUAAUAUAUAAGGAAAUUUUAUUGUGUGUUGCCUAGUUUCUUUUUCGAUAAAGACACAAUUUGCGGUGAAGUUCUCUAAGUGAAAUAUGAUUUAAUAAGCCUUGUGUAAAUAUAAAACACGCAUGGAAAGGGGAUAAGUAUUCACGAGUUGACUGCAUGG